UCGUCCUCAUUGUUUCAGCAGGUACAUUUCUGGAGUUCAAAGCCUCUCUUUCAGUGUGCAAAGCACUCCUGAGAAGAAUGGGCAUUCAGAUGAUGCUUCAAGAAGUUCAGAGCUCCUUCAACAGUUUCUGAAAUCUGGUCCCAAGAAGGAACUUCUUCAGACAUGCUUUGACAAGGACAAGAAAAGCUUGACUUCCUCAAGAAACAAGAUGGCCGAUCUUUUGAAGACCACUAACAAGACAAAUAAGAAGCAGGAGUCAAAAAAAGCCUCUUCUAGUCCAAACAAUCAUGUUUCUAAAAAGCAAUCCAGAAAGGGGGAUAAUCCCAUCAGACUCUCACCGGCUUCUGAGCAGUCUCCAGAUUUUGGAUAUUCGAACUCAUGGAUCUGUAAAAACUCUGCUUGUAGAGCUGUUAUAUCCAUAGACAACACAUUCUGCAAGAGAUGCUCCUGCUGUAUUUGUCAUUUGUUUGAUGACAACAAGGACCCUAGUCUUUGGUUAGUAUGUACAUCUGAAUCUGGUGAGGGAGACUCAUGUGGGUUAUCUUGUCACAUUGACUGCGCACUUCGACGUGAAAAGGUGGGAGUUGUUGAUCUUGGGCAAUUGAUGCAGCUAGAUGGUAGUUAUUGUUGUGCUUCAUGUGGUAAAGUUUCUGGGAUACUUGGAAUUUGGAAGAAGCAGCUACUUGUAGCAAAGGAUGCUCGUCGUGUUGAUGUACUUUGGGACAGGAUAUGCUUGAGUUAUAAGCUUCUGGAUGGGACUUCAAGGUUUAAAGAACUUCAUGAUAUUGUGAAGGAAGCCAAGACUAAACUUGAGAAAGAAGUGGGUCCAAUUAAUGGAGAGUCUGGAACAAUGGUACGUGGGAUAGUCAGCAGGCUAUCUAUCGCUGGUGCUGUACUGAAACUCUGUUCUCUUGCAAUUGAGAAAGCUGAUGAAUGGUUGGCUAAUGUUUCUAGUGCAGAUCCAAACAGAGAGGGUUCACUACCAGCUGCCUGCAAGUUUCUCUUUGAGGAAGUAACACCUUCAUCUGUUGUGAUCAUAUUGAUCGAACUGUCUAAUGCAUCAGCUGAUGACAUCAAGGGCUACAAGCUCUGGUACUACAAGAGCAGAGAAGAAUUGCCCACAAAAGAGCCUACUUGUACCUUUUCAAGAUCUCAGAGACGAAUUUUGAUCUCCAAUCUGCAGCCUUGCACAGAGUAUACUUUUAGGAUAAUAUCCUAUACUGAGACUGGUGACUUGGGUCACUCUGAGGCAAAGUGUUUCACCAAGAGUGUUGAGUUAAUUCAUAAAAACCUGGAUUCACCGGUCUGCAGGAAUCAUAAGAAAGAGAAUCCCGUCAUUGAGGCAAAUUCUAGUUCCAUGAGGGAGCCUGAAACUACAACAGCAGUUGUGCCCUCUUCUGAAUUUAAAGUUCGUGAUCUUGGAAAGAUACUUCGUCUGGCUCAGGCUCAGGCUCAACAGAAAGGCUCCUUAGAGGGCUUUUGUAGUGCCAACAAAGAAAAAUGUUGUGGACCAAGCAACCCGAUAAAAACUGAAACUUUACAAGAAGAGUUACCUUCUGUUUCACGUGGGCUUGACUUGAAUGUUCUUUCAAUGCCCGAUCUGAAUGAAGAGCUAACCCCGCCCUUUGAGUCAUCCAGAGAUGAAGAUAAUGGAUGCACUCUGCAGCAGACCGUGGAGGCAGAUGAUGAUGCUGCCUCUCAUGAGAUGGUGAAAAAUGGCCUGGCAAGAUCACAUGGUAGUGGUGAUUCACAGACCUGGACUCAUGGGAUUACUGGAGAUGUCCCUGCUGUUGAUUCCCGGGCAGAAAAUGGCAGGAAGAGGAAAGGAAACACAAAUGAAGAGACCCAUGAUUGUGACAGCACACUGAUAAAUGGGCCACCAUUGCAAAAUGGUUCUUGUUGCUUGGAUGAGAACUUUGAGUACUGUGUGAAAAUUAUCAGGUGGCUGGAAUGCGAGGGUCACCUUACAGAGGAAUUCAGGUUGAAGUUGCUAACAUGGUUCAGUUUGAGAUCAACUGAGCAAGAGCGUAGGGUGGUGAACACCUUUAUUCAAACUAUGAUUGAUGAUCCAAGUAGCUUGGCAGGACAGUUAGUUGACUCCUUUUCGGACAUCAUAUCCCGCAAGAGGCAACGGAACGGAUUCUGUAGUAAGCUCUGGCAUUAAUAAUGGGGAGGCAUGCUGAUAUGACUUAGUAUAUGCCUCCCAUUGCAUUUACAUUUCUCCUGAGAUUCGAUAAAUGACCUCUGAUUAAUUUUGCCGUCUUUGUACAGGCAUUUUUUCUUAGUCACCGUCACAAGUGAUAUAAUUAUAUCCCGGACAAGAUUCGUCCGGCUAUAAUCACUGAUUGAGAAGACUGAUUUGUCCCGGGAAGAAGGCCUUUGGAGGCAAGGUUUCUGGCCAUAGGACGCAUUUGUCAUUCCCGGUGUUAUCCUAGUUAUUCAAGCUGUAGAGUUUAAUCAUUGGAGAUAUUUUCAUAUUCAUGUUAUCAUAACCUGCAUAAAUUCAAAGAAGAGUACCUGAUAUUUAUCAUGAAAUUUUCAUAAUUGCAGUUUGUCAUUUGCCUUCUUAUAGAUU